AUGACCACCCUGCAACCACGCCGUCCGUACAGCGAGGAAGAGCUCAAGCAGCUCUAUCCAAAGGGCCUCGAGCUGCAGCAAGUCCAGAUCUUGCUUCGUCACGGCGAGCGGACACCGGUCUCGGCACGGUUUAAGAAUGCUGGCCUUCACGGCACAUGGCCAUACUGUAAAGCAGCGAACGAGCUGAAGUCUGCCAUUCUCACGGCAGAUCGGACCUUCGACAAUUUGCAGUGGAAGAGGAGACUCGAGACUUUUGGUGAACGCGAUUUGCCGAAGCUCGCAGCUGGGCCGAAAGGCGAGAUCGACGCAAUAUGUCAGCCAGGUGAGCUUACUGACAGAGGAAGAGAAACUACACUUGCACUUGGUCAGCGAAUACGGCAACUAUAUGUGGAUCAGCUUGGCUUUCUGCCAGCAAGCCUUGACGAGGGUACGCGAGAGUCAGUGAGCUUGAGGGCAACUCCCAUCCAGAGGGCGCUGGAGAGUGUUCAGCAGGCCUACAGCGGGCUGUACCCUGCGGCAUCGCGAGCCCCGGGCCUUGCGCCCCCAGCAAUCGUGCAGCGAUUGAUGCAAGACGAGACAUUGUUCCCGAACGAAGGUGCUUGCAAGCGCUUCGCUGAGCUCUCACACGCCUUCGCAGAUCGUACAGCGAAGUUAUGGAAUGACUCACCCGAGAUGCAGCACAUCAAUAAGCGAAUCGGAAAGUGGAUGCCCAAGGAGUCACCGGUCGUCAAGGUCGAUUCUCAUCCGAGACUUUCUGGUGUGAUGGACUCCGUCAACGCCACACUCGCGCAUGGCUCUGCCACCAAGCUGCCCACCGAGUUCUAUGAAGAGCAAGUUCGUGCCAACAUUGACAGGAUAUGCGUGGAAGAGUGGUUCGUUGGCUACCAGGAGUCUAACGAGUAUCGCAAGCUGGGCAUAGGUGGCCUAGUAGGUGAUCUCACGCAGCGCAUGGUGGAGCACGUCAACGGUAUACCAAAGGAAGGAGAGCGCGAACCAUUCAAGAUGGCUCUAUCUGGAUGUCACGACACUACCAUUGCCUCAACACUUGCUGCGCUCGGAGGGUUCGAGAUCGACAAAGACAAGUGGCCGAACUUCACCUCUAACAUUGCUUUCGAACUGUUCAAGCCGAAGCAAGCCGCAGAUGGGAAAGCGACCACCUGGCCAAGCAAGGAGAAGAGCUGGUGGUACUCUUUGUUUGGAUCACCGAAAUCAUCCACCUCGAGCGCACGUGAACCAUUGUCGUCACUACCGGAAUCAAGCAAACAACAGCUUGACCAGCACUACGUCCGGUUACGCUACAAUGACAAACCCGUCGUACUUCCAUUCUGCAAGCCCGUGGGCAGGCAUCUCGAAGGCGACGAGAGCUUCUGCACUCUCGCGGCGUUCAAGGAAGCUGCUGAUAUGAUCACGCCAAAGGACUGGAAGUCGGAGUGUCGAAGCAACCUUGGCACGUCUGCAUUCCCGGACGUGAUCAGCCCACCGCCAGGAGCCUCGCCACGUUCAUGA